UAGAUGUAUUUGAACUUAUAACAAAUCUAAUAAUCUUUGCCAUUAUUUGAAUAUUUAUAGACAAAAAGAAUUACAAUUGUUUAAUGUUAAUUCUAUUCCUUACUUAAUUAAUACUGAUUGUGCACGUAAUAUAUUGGUGGCAGUGUUGAAAGAAUAUAAUAAUAAGACACCAGAUCAGUAUUUUAAAAGAAUAGUUGGAAAUAUUGUAGCAAAUCAAGAGUUUGAUAAUUCUAAAAUUUUAGUUGCUUGGUGCUUUGGACAUGCUAUAAGAGCAAUAUGAUACCAUAUUAGAUCAAAAAAAUUUAUAAUUGAAAUGGUAAUAAUCGAGAAAUUUUGGCAAAAUUUGUGAUGCGAGUGUGGAAUUCAGUAAGAGUAAAGGAAAAUAUUCAAGAUGUAGAAAAUGAAAUAGAUAAAUGGGAGUGGUUAAUGCUACAAAAAAAAUUAAAUUUAAUUAACGAAAAAGUAAUUUUGGUUAGAAAAAAUAGAUUUAAUAAUUUUAAUAAUGAUAAUUUGUAUGAUUUGCCGGAAUUAAAUUUUGAAUCUAAUCAAAAUCUUGAAGAUGAGAACGAAGAUUUAAUAUAUAUAUCAAAUUUGUUACAAUGUAAUGAAUUAAAUGCUUGGACAUAUACUAUGGAAGAUGGUAAUUUUUUAUUGAAGAUUUUACAAAACCAUCAUAGUAAUUACGAGUUAUUAAUAUUACAAUUAGAUAUUAAAAUUGAAGUACAAUUAGAUACCACAGGAAAAUCAAUUAUAAAUCCUUUUUAUAGUGUCAAUUUAAAAAACUACUUAGAAAAAGUUUGGUGGAAGACGAUUGUUUUAUGGAGUAAUUUGGUACCGGCUAUUAAGAAUAGAACCAGGCGACAGUAGAAGUAGAAAAUAAUAUUGUCAAAAAUUUGGAUAUUGGUAAAAAGAAUUUGCCUAUUGAUGAAU